AUGCAGGUCGCUGACGUUGCCCGCUCUCUGAGCGCACAAUGGCCAUGUCGGGAUGUCCAGGCGCGACAACUUGCCAGUCUGCUUCAUCCACAACUACCUAAUCCCUCGACUGUUGUCGUCCAUGGUGUCUCGGCAACCUGCAAAUCAACAAUCGUCCGUGGUGUUCUUGCCGCCCUUAACGCACCGCAUGCUGUUGUUCGAAGCACCGAGUGCAUUACCGGAAGGCAUCUUCUGACAAAAAUCCUCUGGAAUACACUGGAUGCAUUUGGCAGGAAGGAUGAGUGGGAGAAGUUCGGGAAAGGACGAUGUGAGCACGUUAGUACUCUAGCCGUGCUCCUAGAGGAAUGUUUAGCCUCGAGACCAGGAGAGAAACAAGGAAAUUUUGUCCUGGUGUUAGACGAGAUUGAUAGGCAAAGAGAGGCGUCCCCGACACUACUUUCGGCGCUUGCCCGACUUGGAGAAAUCAUUCCUUCGCUUUGCGUCGUUCUAGUUCUGAGCUCGACUCCUCGACCCCUAUUUCUUCAGAAUGCGUCUGUUCCGCAUAUUAGCUUUCCGCCGUACACCCGGAAAGAGAUGAUUGAUAUCUUGAUGGCUUCCCCUGCACCCACAGUUGAAGGACUUCCUGAGGAGAUCCUUUCUCGUGUAUACCCACACUUUGUUGCGACUAUUUAUGAUGCAUUGGUUGGACCGACAGCUGGGUCAAUUCCGAACUUCCGAUCUAUUUGCGAGAGGUUAUGGCCACAAUUCGUGGCUCCCGUGGUGCAAGGUGAAGCACCCCUUGGCAAUACUGAAUGGGACUUUUCGCGACUACUCGUCAAGAACCGGGCACUAUUCAGACACCAAGGUGAAUCGGCUCUUGUACACCGAAUCGUACCUGACGAAUCAUCUGCUCCAAAUACAUUCCGCAAGCCAUUGUCCACCGGUGUCACCCGUUCAGCACUACCCUCUUUGCCAUACUUCUCGACCCUAAUUUUGACAUCAGCAUACGUCGCAUCACAUACCCCACAACGUCUGGACACGAUCUUUUUUUCAAAAUUCUCCUCCUCCUCUUUAUCUGCUCGCAACAAACGUGCCCACCACCGUCGCCGUCUGAAGGUCCUUUCCCAGGCCCAAGCGGAAGAAAUGAGACAAGCCGCCAACGACGACCCCUCAACCCCAAAGAAGGGUAAACGGACCAAGACUCGUAUUACGAAAUCCACCCUCUCCUCUGCCUUCGCUACCUCUUCAGCCACUACGUCCGCGAUGGGAGGUGGAUCGGGUAUUACAGGUCCUUCAACGAUCCUCACCGCGCGCCCAUUCCCUCUUGAGCGUCUUAUCGCAAUCUACCACGCCAUUGAUCCUAACCCUCCUGCAAAUCCCAUUCGAACAGGUGCAGUGGCGGACCAAAUUUACGCCGAGCUGGCAACACUACGCCGUCUGCGCCUUGUCGUCCCGGCCUCGGGGCACCAUGGUGGUCUCGGUACUACUGCAAGUGCAAAUACCAGCGCGGACGCAGGAGAGAAAUGGUGUGUCAACGUCUCUGGAGACUGGAUUGGGGAGCUGGCAAAGGGUAUUGGUGUUGAGGUUGGGGAAUGGCUGGCUGGUGGUUUGGACUAG